UUAGUAAAAUCCGUGCAGUAAGAGCUAUUCGUACAAAAAGUCCCCUCAGUCUGUAUGUAAAGACAUGCCUAAGUUAUUCUUCUAUGUUAUAAAGUGUGACACGGUUAAAACCCUGUAAAAUAGGUCUGUGUGUCAGCGCAGCUCCGUCCGUGUAUUUCCGGGUGGUACGAGGCUGCUCCGGUACAUCGCAGCUAGCAUCAGCUGGUUCAGCCUCCCUCCUCCAUUCAACCUCAGCGUCCGCCACCGGAGACCUGCACUCAAACAACCAGUUUUUGACCGAGACAGAUCUAUAAUUGAUGUCUCAUAGCUGAAAGCCAAAGCGGGGGGGCAGCAGGGCGGGCAGCGGGCAGGAGUUAUGGCGGCGUCUCUUCUCUCCGAGACCGACAUCAGGCACCGGUCCAUGGCGGAGGAGGAUCCGAACGGGAAUGAGCACGGGGCGGCUGCACGCAGCGCGGCGCCUCGCUGGGGACCGCAGCACGCCGGGGCUCGACAGCUGGCGAGACUCUACUCUCCCGGCAAGCGGCUCCAGGAGUGGGUGUGUGUGGUUCUGUGCCUCUUCCUUUUCAUCAUCAACUUCUCCUUCCUCCUCCUGCACUUCUCCACCGUUCACAUCUACAAGAUCAUCCUCGGCAUCGUCCUAGGAAUAGUGACGGCAGACUUUGCGUCAGGGAUGGUGCACUGGGGGGCGGACACCUGGGGAUCUGUGGACAUCCCUGUUAUUGGCAAGGCAUUUAUUCGGCCGUUCCGGGAGCACCACAUCGAUCCGACCGCCAUCACUCGCCACGACUUCAUCGAAACCAAUGGCGACAACUGCAUGAUCCCCAUCCUACCGCUGGCUCACAUGGCCUACAAGUUCCUCACAUACACACCAGAGGCCUUGGCGUCAUCCUAUCCCUGGGACUGCUACGUCUUUGCCCUGGCAGUUUUUGUGACGCUGACCAAUCAAAUUCAUAAGUGGAGUCACUCCUACUUCGGCCUCCCACGCUGGGUCACACUGCUCCAGGACUGGCAUCUCGUGUUGCCACGGAAACACCACCGCAUCCACCACGUCUCGCCACACGAAACAUACUACUGCAUUACUACAGGUUGGUGUAACUAUCCUCUGGACCAGCUGGGCUUUUGGAGGCGGAUGGAGCAAUUGAUUGAAUGCCUGACGGGGCAGAAACCCCGGUCAGAUGACCUGGCAUGGGCCAAGAAGACCGACUGAUAAACGCACAAACACACACAGAUAGAAGGAUGGAUGCAGGGAUGGGCUUGCAGAUGCUAAAUCACAGAAAUAGCGAUGGAUGGGGAUGAGGGAACACACACACACAAUCACACACACACAGUUAUGUCUCUGUGCUUCUUGCUUUUUUGCUAAAGAGCAAACAUUCAAAGAAACUGUGUUUGCAAAAAAAAUCAAAGAUGGUUCGAGCGAUUUCUGUUUGCGCUGGAGUCUGUAGUUUAACAAGCUUUGAACAUAAGAGAUGAAAACAUUGCUAGACGAGAACACUAUGCUGUAACAGCCAAUCAGCUUGUAGGCCUGUUUAACCAAUGAGGUGUGGUGGUGUGUAGGUGUAGGAGGUUUCUGGAGGUUGGGCUCUCCAGGAGUGACACCGCACACGCAUUCACACACACAUACACACCUGUGCACAAUCUCUCUCUCUCUCACACACACACACACACACAAAUUUGGAAAUCAAAUGUUCAGUCAACGUCUCUUCUGAUUUCUUCUUGUCUGUUAUUUUUUAAGUGUUUUUUGAAAGUCCUUUCUAGAAACAUCACUAUCCUCUUUAAACUCUCACGGCUGCAUUUACACACAAGAAGGUGGAUUGUGUGCUUAAGAUUAAGAAUUUAUAAGUCAGACCUUCUCCACAGAGUUAUAAUUCAGUUUUUUUGUGCCUGUGCUUGAGCUGAGAGGAUCUCACAGUGAGAGCCAGGCGAGAUAAGAGUGGUGAGGGCGGACAUGUAAAAAGGGUUUGAUAAAAUACAUGCUUGAGCCUCUGUAAUAAAUUUCCUAGCACUGAUAUAUACACACGUCAGCAGUCAAGUUGCAGAUGCAUACUUAACGCACUGCUUGAAUAUAGGUAAAACAACUUUAAGUCAUGUCAUUCAGUAUUGGUUAGUUGUUGACAGCACUCUGUUCAUCAUACAUCUGCUUUGAUAAACUGAAGAACUUUUCUUAUGCAGACACUUCUCAAAGUCUUUUUUUUUUUUUAUUGAGAGAAGCUCUGGAGCAGUCCGGUCUUUAGUUACUUGGGGAAUACAGAAAUCUGCAUGUACAAACGUAAAUGCUUCUGAAUGAGGGUAUUGAGAGUUAAAUGGAAGUUUAAUUAGGAGCUACAUUUCACUUGAAUCCAAAUUAGUGUAGAUUCUUUAAGCUAGCUGUAGUGAAGAAGCUUGUAAUUUCUUUUGCACUUUUGAAUCAAAGUAAGAGGGCAGCCAGAUGUAUUCGUUGUUUCUUCGUAUAUAAAAGGUGUAAUAAGAAGGUGUGCAGAUAGAAAAGUGACCCCUCUGAAUUUCUUCUGGAUGGGUAUGUUUGUAACUGGUGGUUAAGCAAGUAUCAUGAAGAGGGGGUUAGGGUUAAGGAGUCUUUACUGUAAGAAAUGCUUUGACAUUUUGGGAAAUAUAUUUGCUUUCUGGCUGAGAGUUGGAUGAGAAGAUUGAUACCACUCUCACUUCUGUAAGAUAAACAUUAAGCGACAGUCAGCAGCUGGUUAGCUUAGAUUAAGACUGGAAACACGGGGAAACGGCUAGCAUGGAUCUGUCCAGAGGUAAUACCGUCCACCUACCAGCACCUCUGAAGCUAACUGAUUAACACAUUUUGUUUAAUUCCAGAUUAUACCAACAAAAUUAUUAUUAUUUUUUUUUUUUACGCAUCUGGACACAAGCUAUAUUCCCAUGUCCAGUCUUUGUGUUAAGCUAACUUAGCUGGCUACUGCUGGUAGCAUCAUACUUAGCGUACAGAUACGAGAGUGGUUUAGGUGUUCCUCUCUAACUCUCCUCAAGAAAGGUAGGUGGAAGUGGAGAAAGUCUGGCAUGAUGUUCGGGUGGCAGGUUGACGUUUAUAUAUAUUCUGGGGUCUCUGUCCUCCAUUUUAUCACAUAGUGGCAGAGACAGAAGCUAAACCGUCUUGGCAUCGGUUUGGUUUCUUCUUACUGUACUAUGAGAAGUUCAGUUUGCUUGUGGCUGAGACCAUAAAAUGAGUCCCUACAUGUGUAGUUAACAUUAGCUUUUCACCACCACACUGGACAGCUCAGGACAGGGAUGUCUUAGAUUAGUAUUAAGAUUAGCUAGUAACUGUCCUAAAGUGCUGCUUGUUCUUACAUUCUGCCUAACCAAGUUUUUUUUUUUUUUUUUAUUAAGUUCAGAACAAUCAGACUGCUACAUAAAGCCCAAUAAUUUAAUUUACUUUCCUGAUUUAAAAAAGCUUAAAAAUCCUCUGUUACUUUUUUCUCAACAGAUAAACAUUUCAUACCACAAAGAAACAUUUACAGUCACUUAUAAACAGCUGCAGUCUCUUAAAUCAUAUUAGAAAUGUUGAUUUAUUGCCCCUGUCCACAUCCCAAAUCCUCUCACAGAAAAGAAAUAGAAACCUCAUGAACUGUUUUGCAAGAUGCUAAUUGGUGCCGCUGUCUAACCCACUGUGCUGCGUAUGUGACUGCAACUGUAAAUAUUAAACACUCAACAAUAGGAAAUGUGUCACAAACCUCUAAACAUAAAUCAGAGUCACUGAAGAAAUGCAUGACGACAUUUUUACAUCAGUUUGUGUCAGCUGAUGUGAAAGGAAGGAAAAAGAAAAAACCUUCAUUGAUAUUGCACUGGAAAGCAAAAUCAGUUAUUUUCCAGCAAAAAACAAAGAAGCAAACUGGCCACCGAGUUGCUUAUAGAAUGCAAAUAAUGUCUUUAGUAUCUCUGAUUUCUGUUUACAUUUCAUACUGUGACACAUGCACUUUAGUUGGCUGUUACUAACUCUGUACUAGAGAGUCUAGCUGCUUGACUUGUAGUUUUAUUUCUAGGCUGGAAAUCCCUUCUGUCAUAGAAGGUCAAUAAUAACAGCACUUUAUUGUUUUACUGAGUAAAUGUCUGAAAAUAUGUCCUGCAAGCACCUGUUCAAUCAUGAUCACACGCAUACAGAUUAAAUCAUGUCUCACUUGCAUGCACACACACACACACACACACACACACACACACACACACACACACACACACACACACACACACACACACACAGACACACAGACACACACAUAAUAGAUCUCUUGAAUGCAGUCAUACACAAACACACACACACGCUCUCUCACAUUGUGUUCUCUUGUUUUCUCUGGCUUCAUAAUUUUCUAUUUUUUUAAUAACGGAUCAAGCCUUGUAUAGUUAAAUUCUGACGUUCCAUUUUGCAGCUCAAGGCUCGCUGCUCGUCUGCCUUAAUGUUUUUAUCUGCUCUUUGAUUUAAAUAAAGGUUUAUUAAGUCCAAA